AUGCCAGUGUCGGGUUGUUCUCGCCACCUACUGUCCUGUUUCUACACCUCGAACUUGCGACGUCACUUGUUCUCCGGCAUUUGGAAAGGGCUAUUAUUCCGUCGAAGUGCGCAAAGACCGCAUGAAGCUGGCUCUAUUGCUGGUAUAUUUCUCAAUGGCCGCCGAUAUCUCAGUGUGCUCUACGCUGGUGCCCCUCUUACAGGUUUUACGGAAGACCCUCCUACGGCGCCUUGCUCUCCCCUGCCCAGUUCUGGAUUUGCCGGGAAAACAUGGUUGACUUUCAGCAUGAUACUUGUCAUGCAUAAAGUUAUCGAACAAACAGCUGUAGCCAUUGCCAUCGAUCUGAACAGCUUUAUUGGGCAAGAGCGUGGUAAGAAGGAGACUAUGAGAAAGCGCAGAUGA